GUCACUUUCCCAUCGUCGGAGCCGAAUUGGCUAAUUUAGUGAUUUUUAUCUACACAGGCGCCCAAAGCAUCUAUUCCAAAGCGCAAACGCGGUCGGCCGUCCAACGCGUCCAAGCUCGAAAUCAACGCGUCGCAAGAGCGCAACGAUGCCGCCGAAGCAUACGAAACUGAUGCGCCCGACCAGAUGCGCCCGAAGAAGCGCGGCAGGCCAAGGAAAAGCGUAGGCUCGCCUGAUGAGGAGCCUAGCCCAGCGCCAGAGGGUUCCAAACCUGCGAAGAAGAGAGGUCGACCAUCAAUGGGGAGUAAAGCAAGGGGUCUAAGUGCAGACCAAGACGAGGCGACGCCGCCUCAGCAAAAGCGAAAACGAGGACGCCCGUCGCUAAAGAACCGAGAGUACGAAGAUGAACAUACACUGCAGCAGAGUGGCGAAGAAACCGAAUCACCAGCCAGUCGACAAGGGACCAGAAGAGGGAGAAACCACGCUGAGCAGGAGUCAGAAGAAGAUCAGCUACAGAAUGACACCCCAGUACCGGCUAAACGAAAAAGAGGUCGCCCCUCUCUGCAGGCUCGACGAGCGGAAGAAGAGGGAACUCCAGAACACGGCCCGACAAAGGGGAAGAAACAAGCAUCGCAACGAAAACGGGGGCGCCCAUCACUACGAGAUAUAGACGCCCCGAAUGAGAUUCAGCGCAAACCUAGCGCCAAAGGAAAGACGGUGGACGGUCCGUCGAUUGCGGCACCGAGCAAACGCCAAGGCCGUCCUCCUGGAAGCACGAGAGCCUCAACUGGGGCAGCAGCGGAGGAUGCCAGGAGAUCCCCUGAGGCUGAAGUUGAGCCAGCAAAAGAUACGUCUCUGUCAAAGAAGAAGAAGCGCCAGCCUCAUCAAGACGCCAACGCCGAUGUCGAAGACGAAGACGAUGACGAUGCUCCCCCUUCGCCUUCCAAGCCGUAUCUCCACGUCUCACCUCACGUCCACCGAGUCCGUCAGUCCACCAUCGAAUCUAAAUGGACCCCCUUACCGGACUCUACCAUCUCAGCCGCUUCCUCAAUGCUUCUCGUCGCUCACCGCCCCAUCCUCCAACGCCUCUCCGGCAGCGAGCAGCGCCACGCUCACACCUCGGCCGCGCUCCGUCUCAUCUCUCACCGCAUCACCCGCAAGCUCUCAAAGGGCAUACCCUUCCCUCCGGCAAGCAUGCCUUCCGCUCGGGUGCCUCGUGGUGGUCGACAAAUCAGCGCCGCCUCAGCGGCUGCUAAUGUGAUGGACGGGCGUGCCAUUGAGCUUGACUUUGAGAGCGUUCUUGACGCAAAGCAGGCUCUGGAACGGCAACUGGAUCCAGCGAUCCACGCCGUCGAGCUGCUGACUCGCGAGAAAGAGAACCUGGAGAGGGAGCUGGAGCAGGACUAUGAAGCGCUGCGGAAUUUAGAAUCGAGCGCAAAGGCCCAGGGAAGAGAGUAUCGCGGCAUGCUGAAAAAAGCACAUGUCUUGGCGCCCACGCCCGAGCUUGUUCAUGAGCGGCAGAAGCAAAAGGUCGAGCAGGACAUAUCUUUCAGCCACUCUAAUAGCUCUGCCUCGGGGGGGCUCUUCAGUGACCUCGAGGACCCAGAGCUUAAAUCUUUAGCUCUCCAGCUCAGUGACCACAUGGAAAGCAUCAAAAACAACCUCCAGCAAACCGACGGCAUCAUUCCGCAGCUAGCCCGGAGUAAGGCCGCUUUGCAAGAUAUCUUGUUUAAACAGCUGGGCCAGGAGCAAUAUGAGCGCGUAGUGCUUGGGUGAAAAGAACGACGGACGAAGCAGCACAAAUUUGAAAGCAACAACAAGGUAUUAUUUGUAUUGGAGAUGAUUAUUUGUUUAUAUAAAGGGCGGAGACAGGAGUUUGUUAUUUCUCACAGGGGCUGAGCAAAGCAUGCGUUGACUUUUCUAGAUUUACCGAGUUGGUUUGUGUUACAUAUAUCCCUAUUGUCAUGAUUAAACGAACGGCGUAUAUGUGUCAAAGAUGGGGUACGAUUUACUUUAGCAGUAUUAACAAAGAAUAUCAA